UAGCUUAAGCUAGUUACACCGAAACUGGCCAUUCCAAAUGAACUCUAAAAGAUGCUAGUGACUAAUCCGGGAUCUAACCUAUCUAAUGUGUAUAUAAAUUUACACUUUAUUCUCGUAUACUUUGUAAAUAACUUUAUUCUUAAAAAAUGUGAAAAAAUGCUACCAAAUUUAUUUCUUUAUAUCACGAGUACAAGAAAUAUCUCCUUGAAAACUAUCUCUGUUAUUUCAUUACAAUGAUUUAUUAAAAUCCUAUCCGCUAGAUGUUUUUCGUAAAAAAAUAAUGAUUGAACUCUUUACACUUGUAUAAAAUGUUAUUCCUUAUUUUAAUCCGCCUUCCCGUCCAUUGAUUCAAUUUUUUGCUCCAAUGAUUUAAUU